GCUGGUGACCGUCUCUUCCAGCAGGCGUCUUCUUUCACCUCUCUUCGGGAACAUUGAGCUUCAUGUCGGAAGGUUGAAUCCACUGCAGCAGCAAAAUGAAGUUUGACAGCCUACUCUCAGAAAUCAAUGGGUUUGGAAAAUUUCAAAUCCAGCUGAUGUUCAUUCAGGCGCUGUCUCGAGUAUCGCUGCCCUGUCACUUUCUGCUGAAUAACUUCAUGGCAGCGGUUCCCGAUCACCACUGCGACGUCCUGCACGAUGGAGGCUUCUUCGGGAAUUUAACGCAGGAGCAGAAGCUGGCUGUGGGGGUUCCAGUGGGGCAGGACGGGGCCCCCAGCUCCUGCCUGAUGUUCACAGAACCCCAAUACCAACAUCUGGAGGGCUUCAACAGCAGCGAGGAGGCGUUCACUGUCCCGUGUCAGAACGGAUGGGUGUACGAUAACAGCACAUUUAGAUCCACUUUGGCCACUGAGUGGGAUCUGGUGUGCAGCAGCAAGGGGAUGAAUAAGGCUACAGCCACCAUGUUCUUCAUCGGUGUGAUGCUCGGAGCCCCUUUGUUUGGGUUCCUGAGUGACAGGUUUGGCCGCCGCCCGCUGCUGCUGGUCUCUUAUUUGGGGACCAUGAUGUUUGCCGUCCUGAGUGCGUUCUCCUCAUCCUAUGUGAUGUUUACCAUCAUGAGGUUCUUUACUGGGAUGGCCAUCUCAGGAAUAAGUAUCAUCUCCAUCGCGUUGAAUGUUGAAUGGUUUGGCAUUGAACACAGGACUUUCUCUGGAGUAAUGAUAAGCUUGGAUUGGACGAUUGGAAAUUUUAUUCUGGUUGGCAUCGCCUACUUUGUAAAUGGGUGGAGGCUGCUCAUUGUGGCAGUGACCUCACCCUUGAUAUUCGCCGUGAUUGCUUGGAGGUGGCUUCCAGAGUCUGCGAGGUGGCUGCUGGCAAACGGGAAGGCGGACGCCGCUCAUUAUUACUUGACGCAAUGUGCCAAGACAAACAACAGAACCAAGGUCAUGGCCAACGUCACCCCUGAGGAUUUAUUGCAGUCUGCAAAAGUUGAAACCAGAGAAAAUAAAUACACUGUUUUGGAUCUUUUCAAGACCCCAAAUAUCAGGAGGCUCUCCAUAUGCUUGGGAGUAGUUUGGUAUGGAGUUGCAUUCACAUACUAUGGGAUAAGUCUGAAUAUCACGGGGUUCGGACUCAACACGUACCUCACACAAUUCAUAUUUGCAUCCAUCGAAAUGCCGAUGAAGAUUGGUGUCUAUUUCUACCUGGACAGAAUUGGCCGAAGGUCCGGUGAGGUGGGAGCCUUGCUGUCAACGGGUCUCUGCCUCCUCAUCAACUUGUUUCUUUCUAAAGAUAAGUGGGUCGUUCGUACGGUCGUGGCCGUCCUUGGAAAAUCCUUGUCAGAAGCCUCGUUCACCAUCGUGUUCCUCUACACAACUGAGCUCUUUCCUACAGUCGUCCGACAGAACGGUUUAGGCUUCACCUCCUUUAUAGCACGUCUGGGCGUUUCCGUAUCUCCGCUCUUCAUGCUGUUGGAGGAUGUGUGGCAUCUCCUCCCUGCGGUCAUUUAUUGUGCGGUGGCGGUCGGAUCUGGUUUAGUGGCGUCUCUCCUUCCUGAAACACUGAACACACGUCUGCCAGAGUGCAUCGAGGACAUUGAGAGACCGGGUAAACGAUCAAGAGACAAGCCUGCAGGAACCUGCACGUCUGAAGGUGAAGCAAACACGGAUCUGCUUUAAACCUGCAUUCCUUCAAACAGCUCUAAAGAAGUCAUUAUGUAAGAGUCUCUGAGAAAACAGGCCAGGCUUCUCACUUGAUUAAUUGACUCAAUUAGGUUAUGGUGCCAAGUGCUAGGUUGUAGUCUUCUUUUUUAAUACAAUGUCAAUUCUGUAAAUCAAGCUUCAAUUUAGCGUUUAAUAGAGAAUAAAACAGUAUGUGCUUUAAGUGAUGAGAAAAAAAGAAGUGUAAAUGUACUUGGCAAUAAAAUUGUACCGAAUGAGAACACGAA